AUAUCCAUUUUAAUAAUAUUAAUUAAAAACACACUCAACAUGGGUAAAGAAAAGGAACAUCUCAAUCUUGUCGUUAUUGGACACGUCGACUCUGGUAAAUCAACCACCACCGGACACUUGAUCUACAAGCUCGGAGGUAUUGACGCCAGAACCAUCGAGAAGUUCGAGAAGGAGUCUGCUGAAAUGGGUAAGGCUUCCUUCAAGUACGCAUGGGUACUCGAUAAGCUCAAGGCUGAAAGAGAAAGAGGUAUCACCAUCGAUAUCGCUCUCUGGAAAUUCGAGACUGAGAACAGACACUACACCAUCAUUGAUGCCCCAGGACACAGAGAUUUCAUUAAGAACAUGAUCACUGGUACCUCCCAGGCUGAUGCUGCUAUCCUCAUCAUUGCUUCUGGAACUGGAGAAUUCGAAGCUGGUAUCUCCAAGGAAGGACAGACCAGAGAGCACGCUCUCCUCGCUUACACCAUGGGAGUUAAGCAAAUGGUUGUCGCCAUGAACAAGAUGGACUCCACUGAGCCACCAUACAGUGAAGACAGAUACGAAGAAAUCAAGAAGGAAGUCUCUACCUUCCUCGCUAAGGUCGGAUACAAGCCAGCCAAGAUGAACUUCGUCCCAAUUUCCGGAUUCCAGGGAGACAACAUCCAGGAGAACUCUACCAACAUGCCAUGGUACAAGGGCCCAACCCUCUGUGCUGCUCUCGACUCCUUCAAGAUCCCAAAGAGACCAGUCGCCAAGCCACUCAGACUCCCACUCCAGGAUGUCUACAAGAUCGGUGGUAUCGGAACAGUCCCAGUCGGAAGAGUUGAGACUGGUGUCCUCAAGGCCGGUAUGGUCAUCACCUUCGCUCCAAAGGGAUGCUCUGCUGAAUGUAAAUCCGUCGAAAUGCAUCACGAAGAAGUCCCAGAAGCCGCCCCAGGAAACAACGUUGGAUUCAACGUUAAGGGACUCUCUGUCAAGGACAUCAAGAGAGGAUUCGUUGCUUCUGACUCAAAGAACGACCCAGCCACCGACACUGAGAGCUUUGUGUCUCACACCAUCGUCAUGAACCACCCAGGAGAGAUCAAGGCCGGGUACACCCCAGUUAUUGAUUGUCACACUGCCCAUAUUGCCUGUAAAUUCGAAGAACUCCUCACCAAGGCUGAUAAGAGAUCUGGAAAGAUGACUGAAGAGAACCCAAAAUUCUUGAAGGCAGGAGAUGCUGGACUCAUCAGACUCUCUCCAUCCAAGCCACUCUGUGUCGAGACCUUCGCCACUUAUGCUCCAUUAGGUAGAUUCGCUGUCAGAGAUAUGAGACAAACUGUCGCAGUCGGUGUCAUCCAGGAGAUCAAGAAGAAGGCCGCCGAAGACAAGAAGGGAAAGAAGAAGUAAAUAACUUAUAUAUAAAGUCUGAAUUCCCCAAA